AUGUCGUCGCAAUACAGGAAGAGGCGACCAGCUCUGGCCGCACGCACGCCCUCUGCCGCGCAUUCAGUGUCCUCAAUGCCUCGCAGCGUUCCCAGCCGUCUGAGCACCUCGUCUCCAUUCAUCCAAACCCACUCAACGCCCCCAAUCUUUUCGUCUCCAGUGCCUCCUUCACAACAGCGCCUCAACAACGCCACAGGGCUAGCCUCUCGCCUCUCAUCUCGUGCAUCUGUGCGGUCCUCGCCAUCCUUGGCCCCUCAUCCACAGUCCAGAACAAGCAGGCUGUCUCUCCCGACCCGCUCAGCGGCAACGUCGUCCACUGUGCAGGCAGAUCACCAUGGCGGACCCGACGAGUCUUGCUCUGCUGAUAAUCACAGCGACGAUGACCCCGACGGCAUGAACGAGGUCAUCAUGGCCAUUGACAUGAAGGACAACGGCACCGUCGGCUGCGCCUACUACGUUGCCAUCGACGAAGCCCUCUUUCUGCAAGAAGAUAUUCCACUGGCUGGCAUGGAGCUAGUUGAGACGCUUCUCCUUCAUGUCGAGCCAACAACUGUUCUCAUUUCCAUCCGCAGCCCAGACAACCUUGCUCACUUCAUAGAAGCUGGAGCUCAGGAUUUCCAGGGUCAUCGUAAUCAAGAUGAAGGCGGGAUUCAUGGUGCCUACAUAUUGCGAACUUUAGGUUCAGCCGAGUUCAACUAUGAGAGUGCCAAAAGUCAUCUUAUCAAUCUUGAUCUUGACUCUUUGCGCCCUCGGACCAUGCAUUUCAACACUGUAGCCGGGGACGAAGUUGAAGGCGGAGCCGAAAUGGGCGACGAAAGGAAUGCCAGGCUAAUGCAAUUAGCUACUUGGAUUAAUCUGGGUAGCCGAUUCUCACGGAGAAAGGCCGCCGAAUACUUGUCCCAUGACCCGGAUGCAAAAUUCGCGUUCAGGGUCCGAUCCAUUGAGAUGUUCACUCUCAGGAACUCACUUUUUGUCAACGCUGACACACUGGCGUCUCUGCAAAUUCUUGGGUCCGAAAACCAUCCAAACUUCAUGAACCAGGGACCUGACAAAGUUAGGUCAGGCGCAAAAGAGGGCCUGUCUCUGUACGGACUUUUCCAUAUACUGACACAUACGGCACAAGGCAAAAUGAAGCUGCGGCAGAUGUUUUUGCGACCAAGUACUGAUGUGGAACUGAUUCAUGAGCGCCAGCAGACCAUCUCGGUCCUGCUUCGCCCGGAGAAUGGCGCUGACAUUGACAAUAUCGGGAAACUGCUUCGGAGGAUCAAGAACAUCAAGCACAACCUUCUCCAAUUGAAGAAAGGGAUCAAUCUCCCUGCCGGACGUGUUUCAAUCGAAAGGGCCGGGACCAUCGACUUCCAACAGUCGAAAGAGGCGCGCCGAACCUGCGUCAUGCGGGGAGUGAGUGCAGAAUUGGAUGAGCUGAAGCGCAAUUAUGACGGUCUGGAGUACUUUUUGAAUGAGGUUGCCGCACUCAUGCUAGAAGAAAUUCCAGAAUGGGCUCAACAAUACGUCAAGAAUUGCAUUUUUUACCCACAGAUAGGGUUCCUGACAGUGGUGAGCCUUAACACUGAGAGCGGGCGCGGAAACUACGAGGGGGAAGGUCUCAGCGAUGAUGCCUGGGAGCGGAUGUUUGUAAGUGAUGGAAACAUCUACUACAAGAAUCGACGCAUGAAAGAGCUUGAUGGACAGUACGGGGAUUUGUACUGCAUGAUUGUCGACAAGGAAAUCGAGAUCAUCCACGAGCUCAGCGUCAGAACUCUUGAGCACGAGGAAGCACUGACAGAAGCCUCCGACCUUUGCGGUGAGCUCGACAGCCUUCUCGCCUUAGCACUUGGCGCCGACAAAUAUAAAAUGACGGCUCCGCAAUUGACCUCGACCAACAUCAUCCAAAUUGAAGGAGGUCGACAUCCACUUCAAGAGCUUGUGGUGCCUUCCUUCAUAGCCAAUGAUACGCUACUUCUUGGAGGGUGUGGUGAUGGCACCGCAGAUGAGACGAUCGUAUCUGACAUUAUGGGAGACGUACCAAAUGUUAUGGUCAUGACUGGACCAAACCAUUCUGGAAAGAGUGUUUACCUCAAGCAGGUUGCUCUCAUUGUCUACCUGGCGCAUAUUGGAAGCUAUGUGCCCGCUGACCAGGCCUGUAUUGGUCUAACAGACCGCCUGCUGACCCGUAUCGCCACGAGGGAAAGCGUGUCGCGAAACGAGAGCGCUUUCGCCAUCGAUCUGAAGCAAGCUGCCUUCUCUAUCAACUUUGCGACACGAAGGAGUCUUAUACUCAUCGACGAAUUUGGCAAAGGGACCAAUGCCAUGGACGGCGCUGGGUUGCUUAGCGCCCUUCUUGACCACUUCCUGAACCUCGCAGACGACGCGCCUAGGGUCCUUGCUGCAACGCACUUCCACGAGAUAUUUGAGAACAAACUUCUACCUGACACUCCGAAGCUAGCCUUUGCACACAUGGAUGUUCGAGUAGAUCUCGAAACAGACCAUGUGGAUGACCAAGUCACCUUUCUCUUCCGGCUCAUGCCCGGUCGCAGCGCUUCAAGCUUUGGCAGCAGAUGUGCAGCUAUGAAUGGAGUCGAUCCGGCCGUAGUGGAGAGAUCAGAGGCGCUCGUCCUUUUAUUGGCCCGUGGAGAGGACUUGCGGGCUGCGUGUGCUAGACUGUCUGCUAAAGAGACUGCGAGACUGGAAGAAGCGGAAGAAGUUGCUCGAAGAUUUCUGGAGGUCGAUCUUUCUGGUUUGCCGCCCCGGAAAGGCCUAACUGGAUCAAAGCGGGACAGCGCUUCCCUGAGAGAUCAAUUGAGGGAUAUUCUGAGUGGCCCAGGCCCAGCUGACACUUGA